AUGUCCGAGUUUAAACUCAACAAUUGCAUCACGAAUUCUGCUUUGAAUCUGUUUGCAAUAUUCCUGGUGGGAUUUUCUGAAGAUGUUGGCAUUCCUGAAACUUCAUUCAAAUCCUUCAAGCACUACGUAGUCUUUCGACACCCCAAGGAAAAUACCAGAUUAGAUGACAUUUCCCAAACAGAAACACAAGUGAUUCUGAAUGGAAUGAUAUCUCUAACCAGGACAAAGGCCUUCAGUGAUUUUGAACUGGUCACUUACCCAGAAAGCAGCUUUUCAGCCCUUGUUCACAAGGGCUGCAAUAAAGGUUUAUUGGCUCAAAAGUUGCUUGAAAGAUUCACACAUCCUGAUGCGGUAGGCCUUUCCAUAGGGGAUCAAUACAUAGACGAGCCAAUGCAUAGGUCAAUGAGGUCCAGGGGGUUCUUCUCUGUUGUUGUCACUAAACAUGAAGACCAAUACACUUAUGCCAGGAACAAGUUAUCAAACCACAAGGAAGUUCACGAUCUACUUAAAUCUUUGACAGAUGAUUGA